AUGCCCACAUUCCACCCCUCGCUUGGAACCACCACUGUUAUCCAACUUUCUCACGACGCCCCAGAAGCAAAGUAUGCUCAUCUCACUUUUGAGAUAGUCUUCCAAGAGGGCGAGGACACCAAUGGUCAAUGGGAGAUUUGGACAGACUUGGCUCUUGUCGAUGAGCACGGCAAGCGAAUGAUGGAUGACGGUGCUUGGCACGGCAUGAAGUUUGACAAGGUGGUAGCGAAUGAGACGGACAACGCUCAACUGAUGCAAGGGGAAUCCUCAAAUGUACUGUAUCUGGAUGCCGAGAAGGAGGAACACUCUGCGGCGUGUGUCACCAUGACGGCUCGUGGGGUGAUUGAGGCGAACGAGGGAUCUAAUUGGUCAUACACGUUCCGCAGGGUCAUGGAGAAUGGCGAAGUGCAAUGGUUAGGCUGGGAUGGAGGUAAUGGAUUCAUCAAGGUGGAAAAAAGUCAUGAAGGGAGCGUGGCGGAUUACGACCAGGAGGCCUUGGCUGUGUGUCUGCCGGAUGCAAGCUCGAGCUCGAUCUCGGUGCACACUCUGCCCACCAGCGAAGCUAUCUCCGCGCAUCUCGUCGCGGCUGCAAGAAAACCUCGAACACAUUCAUUCUAUCGGUUGAACGAGUCACCAGUCUCAGGAGAUGCCCUCUCACCGCAUCUUACCUACGGGUUCGUCACUUCGUCGGCAUCAGAGGGCUUCAGACUGGAUCCGGGAUCUCAUUUCGACCAGAUUCAGCAAUUCUACCCUUCAGCACAGACGGCUCUUUCAAGUGCGAUCACGGAUAGCGCAUCUACGCUCUUUGCUGGAGUUCAUAUCGUGCAGGAGCAGCCUAACAUUGCGGCGUUUCAUAUCAACAAAACCGAGAAGGGUUCGGAUUCGGACGCAGGCCGGACAUGGCUCGGUAUCUUCGCAUCUUCGAGGCGUUCUUCUUGCACCAUCUCGGUCGAGGUAUCGAAAGUGUCUGAGGACGGUCACAUGGUCGCCGCCAUCACCAAGUCAGGCAAUCAUCAUGUCGUGAUGGAGGACAGCACAAGCAGCAACAACCUCAACGUCUGGAUCCCUCCUGGAAAGGCUGUCGUCCACCUCAUUGGCAUUCACCCUUUCCUUCAACUCCGCGGAACAGGUGACGCAGAACCAAUCUGGGUAUGCAUACCUGGCGCAACCUCCAUCGAAGCGGGAGAGGAGGAAGUCGACUCUGGUGUUCCCGAACUGCCCGCUGAAACAAGGGAGGUUUUGGAGGAAGAAGACCACGGUUCCGAAGGCGAGCAAUUCAGCUUUCAUACGGAAUCGAUUCCUGAACUGGAAGACGAGCAUGUACGUGAAGUCGAGCCUGUGAGCAAUAAAUCCUCAUGGUGGAUACUCCGACUUGUCAGUCGCUUCCUUGUCAACCUGCUGCACGCUUUCCUGUCGACUCUUGGUUUUGGACCCAGUUCGACGAGGCGAGUGACCCCUGCUCACGGAGACGGAGCGGACGAUGACGAGACGGAUUCCGGUGCGAGGACUCCGGUCGAGCCUGAUGAGACGACCCCUCUGAUUCAGGCGGACAUGUCUCGAUCGACGUCAAUCACCGGUGGUCUCUCGGAUGGGAUGACAACUCCACUCAAGCAACCCCUGUCCCUUUUGACGGUUAUACCACCGACAAAUACCGGAUCCUCCGCCCGAGACCUUGUUCCCUCACCUCUUUUGACUCCAUUGGAAAAGCGAGUCCAGAUCCGAUCUUACAUCAGGUUCUACCUCCCAACCAUGAACCACGGAUAUCACUGUCUCCUGCCUUCAGGCACGACUUUCCAAGGCAAGGUCAAGGUCUCGCGUCGACAAGGGGAUGACUGGUUAGAGGUUCCGGUCACCGAAAAGACCCGAGAAGGAGCGUGUACUGAGCUGGUCCUGGAAGGUGUGAAUGGCGAAACUCAGAUCGAGAUGGAGACAGUCCACUAG